GUGGGCAAGCAUAGUGAUAUAAAAUCGCUUCCGUGCUCUCCGGAGGUAAACAUUUCAUAUUAUCACGAUGUGGCGGCUGGAAGGCUUGCUGUCGCGGAUGGGCCGCCUGCCGCUCCUGUUGCUUGUGUACACCUAUCUGUGGUCUUUCGGAGAUUGCCUCUUCGUGACUGAUUAUUUCACCAGGACACCGCGCAAGCUGAACGCCUUCCGCUCCUUCGCCAGUGUGGAGCUGUUCCACUUCAACGUGCCUGAGGACACCGUGGUGGCCGUCUGGAACCUCAUUACCUUCAAGGAGCAAGGGGGCACGUUCGGAGACAGCUGUCCUGACCGCAAUGUUACUGUUUACUUCCGAUCUGGAGCGCCACCAGUGAUAAACCCCCUACAGACAAGGUUCCCUCGUGACACCAUCGUGCCCAGCUCCUUUGCAGUCACCCUGACGUGGACGCUGCCGAACCGCACCACGGGGGUCUUCAACGUGACCAGCCCUCUGCCUGGGGACUGGUUCUUGGCGGCCCAUUUGCCAAAGGAUGAAGGGAAGAUCUCUGUCAAGGUAACUGUGCCUCCGUCUUGCUAA